AUGGCUGAUAUCAGAACUCAAGGGCUGAAACAGCCCGUCGACGUCGUUGAAUAUCUCUUCAAAAGACUUCACGAAGUUGGGGUUCGCUCCGUUCACGGUCUUCCCGGGGACUUCAAUCUCGUUGCCCUUGAUUACCUCCCUGAAUGUGGUCUGAAGUGGGUUGGCAACGUCAACGAGCUCAACGCCGGCUAUGCUGCCGACGGUUACGCUCGUGUCAAGGGCAUCUCGGCCAUCAUUACCACCUUCGGUGUCGGCGAGCUCUCGGCCAUCAACGCUCUUGCGGGCGCCUACUCGGAGCACAUCCCUGUUGUCCACAUUGUCGGAUGCCCGUCUACUGUUUCCCAGAAGAACGGCAUGCUCUUGCACCACACUCUCGGCAAUGGUGACUUCAACGUCUUCUCCAAUAUGAGCUCUCAGAUCUCUUGUGAUGUUGCCCGUCUUAACAACCCAGCUGAGAUCGCCAACCAGAUCGACCAUGCGCUCAGAGAAUGUUGGAUCCGCAGUCGCCCUGUAUACAUCAUGCUCCCCACCGACAUGGUUCAGAAGAAGAUCGAGGGCGAAAGACUGCAGACCCCCAUCAGCUUGGAGGAAGCUACCAACGAUCCCGUCAGAGAGGAGUACGUCGUCGAUGUAAUCCUUAAGACGCUCCACGCUGCAAAGAACCCCAUCAUGCUCAUCGAUGCUUGCGCCAUCCGUCACCGCGUUCUGCCAGAGGUCCAUGCUCUCCUCGAGAAGGCCAAAAUCCCCGUGUUUGUCACCCCCAUGGGCAAGGGUGCCGUCAAUGAGACUCACCCCAGCUAUGGCGGCGUGUAUGCUGGUACCGCUUCGCAACCCGACGUCGCUGAGCGUGUAGAGUCCUCGGACCUGAUUCUGUCCGUCGGUGGUCUCAAGAGUGAUUUUAACACAGCUGGAUUCUCCUACCGCACAUCACAACUUAACACCAUUGACUUCCACAGCACCCACACCAGGGUGCGCUACUCCGAAUAUCCCGGAAUCACCAUGCGUGGUGUGCUGCGCAAGAUUACUGAACGCCUCGACCUGACCAAACUUACCAUCACGACAACUCGGGAAGUGAUCAACAGAGUGCCCAGCCCGAACUCAGACCCCUCCCAAACCAUCACCCAGGCUUAUCUGUGGCCCAGAGUUGGCAACUACCUCCGUGAGAAUGACAUCGUAGUCACUGAGACCGGCACUGCCAACUUUGGUAUCUGGGACACGAAGUUUCCCGCUGGCGUGACAGCUUUGAGCCAAGUUUUCUGGGGAAGUAUUGGCUGGUCCGUUGGCGCUGCUCAGGGUGCUGCGCUUGCUGCUAAGGAUGCAGGCCAAGAUCGCAGAACGAUUCUCUUUGUUGGUGACGGCUCCUUCCAGCUCACGGCACAGGAGGUCACCACCAUGCUCCGUCAUGGCUUGAAAACAACAAUCUUCGUCAUCUGCAAUGAUGGAUAUACUAUCGAGCGAUUCAUUCAUGGCAUGGAGGCCGAAUACAAUGACAUCGUCCAAUGGGAGUACAAGGAGCUCGCGACUGUUUUUGGCGGCACUGAUAAGACGGCCAAGAAGUUUGUCGUCAAGACCAAGGACGAGCUAGAGAAGCUCCUCACCGACAAAGAUUUCAACAACCCCACGACACUGCAGUUCGUCGAGCUCUAUCUUCCCAAAGAGGAUGCUCCGAGGUCUCUCAUCAUGACUGCCGAGGCAAGUGCCAGGAACAAUGCAAGGGCCGAGUAG